AUGAGCAUAUUAAAUGUAAACGAAAAGUUAUAUAUUGAUAACUCUAUUGUUAGUUCAGAAUUACAUACCUAUCAACCAUACAUUUCUUCAAAAUUUGAUUAUAAUGAUGAAAUACGUAUACCAAUCCAAGAACUUGAUGCUUACACUCUACCAUCAGAAAGCCUACUUUAUAUCGAAGGAAAGUUAACAAACACAGAGGGAAAUUAUACAAAGAGAUUGCGAUUUACAAACAAUGGUAUAGCUUUCUUAUUUAGAGAAAUUCGUUAUGAGUUAAAUGGUAUUACUAUUGAUACCUUAAGAAAUGUAGGACUAGCAUCAACAUUAAAAAGUUAUCUAUCCAGUAACACAAAUGAAAGUUUAAAACUGCAAAAUGCAGGUUGGUUUCCACACAGAAAAGAAGAGGAUAGAAUUUUAGUUGAUGAUAAUGGAAAAUUCUCCGUAUCUAUACCACUAAAACUGCUAAUGGGAUUCUUUGAAGAUUACAGAAAAAUUAUAAUUAACAUGAAACAAGAGUUGGUUCUUAUUAGAUCUAAUAAUGACUUAGAUGGAGUUUUCUUUAAGGAUGAUGUAACAACUCCAUCUACAACUGUAGAAACCCCAAAAGUUACUUUCGAUAAAAUCUAUUGGAAAGUACCACAUAUUUCAGUUGAUAUACCACAACAACUAGCACUCACUAGAAUACUGGAGUCAAAUAAAGAUAUACUAAUUGGAUUUAGAAGUUGGGAACUUGUUGAAUACUCUUCCCUAACUGAAACAACACGACACACAUGGCCUGUAAAAACAACUAGCAAACUGGAAGCUCCCCGUCAUGUAAUAAUUGCCUUUCAAGAAAAUCGAAAAGGAGAUGUUAAAAAAGAUAUGAGUCAAUUUGACAAUGUAGAUUUAACAAAUAUUAGAAUAUUUUUAAAUUCCGAAAGGUAUCCUUAUCAUGACUUAUAUUUAAAUUUCAAAGAGAACAAAUAUUCAUCUUUAUAUGAAAUGUUUGCCAAUUUUCGUUAUUCUUAUUAUGGUACUUCUAAUGAACCCAUUUUUAAUCCUGAGAAAUUCAAGGAGAUUUCACCAAUUGCAUAUAUUGAUUGUUCUCAUCAAAAGGAAACGCUUCAAACGGGUUCUGUUGUAAUGAGAAUUGAGUUUGAAACAAACAGUGCAAUCAAAAAAGACACAUCUGCUUAUUGUCUUAUUUUACAUGAUAAAUUAUUUAGUUACAAUCCUUUAACAAAGAUUGUCAAACAAUUAUAA